GGGACUGCCAGGUUGGCUCAUCUCCCCCAAAUCAGACCAGCCGGGAACGCUGCAUGCACAUUCAGCCGUGUGCUAGGAAACGCUAACGCAAGAUCGGCAGCAUGGACUUUGUCAUGAAGCAGGCCCUCGGGGGGGCCACCAAGGACAUGGGGAAGAUGCUGGGGGGUGAGGAGGAGAAGGACCCGGAUGCUCAGAAGAAAGAGGAGGAGAGGCAGGAGGCUCUCCGGCAGCAGGAAGAGGAGCGCAAGGCCAAGCAUGCGCGCAUGGAGGCCGAGCGCGAGAAGGUCCGGCAGCAGAUCCGAGACAAGUAUGGGCUGAAGAAGAAGGAGGAGAAGGAGGCAGAGGAGAAGGCAGCUCUAGAACAACCUUGCGAGGGUAGCCUGACCCGGCCCAAGAAGGCCAUCCCUGCAGGCUGUGGGGAUGAAGAGGAGGAGGAAGAGGAGAGCAUCCUGGACACAGUGCUCAAAUACCUGCCGGGGCCCCUUCAGGACAUGUUCAAAAAGUAAC